GUAAUACCAUUGCCACUCACCAAGUACCUAACUGCAAUGAAACAAUGCCCGAGACGAUAAGAAUCAAGGCCUUCAUUCAUGAUUUCAUGUGAUGUUUUUUUGCGUCAAAAACCAGCAGAAAAAGCAGUACGUAACAAAAAACCUUAGCACAAUUUGACAAAAAAAGAAUAUUUCCGUCGGAAAACGCUAGCUCACUAUUGUCCCAUAAAUGACGGCCCUGUCAUGUCGUUUUCCCUUGUGUCUAAAAUACGCCGCACGACGUCGAUGCUCUCUUCUGCCUCGCUCGCCACCCCUGUCAGCCCAUUUCACCACCUUAAUUUGCGUGACGAAACGCUUUCUUUUUCGGUUUUCUCUCUAUAUAACACCAUAACCACAAUACCCCACCGUCACAAUCAUAUUUCAUAUAAAAACUGAAGCACCAAAAGAUGGCGAAAACUGAGCUGAUAACUCUCUCUUUGUUGUUCGUAAUAACAUUGUCUUUUACGUUGGUUAACGGUUACGGAACGGUGGUGGGAGGGAAAACGAAGAUAAGCGACGUGAAGAAGAACAAGGAGGUGCAAAAGCUUGGGAGGUUUUCCGUGGAAGAAUAUAACAGGAUGCAGGGGCGUUUGAGGAGUAAUAGAGGGACGGAGUUGGUUUUUUCUCAGGUUGUGGAGGCUAAGAAACAGGUGGUAUCUGGGAUCAAGUACUAUCUGAAGAUUGAGGCCAUGCAGAAUGGGCUUUCCAGGACGUUUGAAUCGGUGGUUGUGGUGAAACCUUGGGUUCAUUCCAGGGAAUUGCUCAGCUUUUCCCCUUAUUCUCAAAAAGGUUAGGGGUUUGCUUGUGUUGAAUCUGUAGCGUUGUAAUGGUCAUUCCCAAGUUUGUUUUGUGUUUUAUGGCAUUUUUGGUUUGGAUUUUUGUGUUUGUGGGUGGGUUUUAACCUGUGAUUUUCAUGUAUAAUAAGUCUUUGAACGUGCAAUAAAGGAAUAAAUAAUGCUAAUCAACUAUUUGUUUUACAAA